CUGGCAGGACGGCGGGGCGGCAGGACGGUAUGGGUGUAUUCAUGGCACGCCAUCACGCUACAGCAUGGAGAAUUCAGUUAGGCGAAAAGAACGAGGCAUCAUUGUUGUUGUCGGCAGCCGUGCGGACCUAAUAUCCAGGAAUGGCAGAGGAGUGAAUGCCUAACACGGCGGCGAGUUCAGCCGCGGGCGUGGGAAGAGGAAGGCGGCGCGGCGAGACAUGGCGACCGUCCGUUGCGACCGGUCGCUGCUCUUGCCUAUAAAAGUUCCCCGGCAACUGCGAACUGACCCUCCUUCCUCUCUCCCACCACCUGUUCUCCGCAAGCCAAUUCUCCCACCCUUGGCUGGCUCCUCUCCAGAUUGUUUUCGCUGGGGGCGUCGGCGACCCUCCCGCAACUCCAUCUCCAAGCAUUCUACUGUGUAUGUUAUACAGUGCCUUCUAGCUGUUGCCAGAGCUCCGCAUCAACCAUUCGCGCCGUCGAACCUGUCCGCCUAGCAAGCACUCUUCAGAAGGUGCUCAUUAGACGAUCCACCUCCCG